CCGCCUACUUCUUCCCAGUAUACAUAUACCAACAUAACAAUUGGAACGGCCGAGACCACAUACGCAGGCACAAUCGAUAUCCCAAUACACACCAUCCAUACCGAACACGACGCGCGCGCGAAUCGAGAACGAACAGUCCAGCACCGUAUGCACGCGAGCACAUCUCCUCUUGGCUCGCCGACUAUACGCACCCCGACGUGAUCGCAUGCGAGAGGAGAUCGCAUGAGGAACAGCAGUCCACGGGUCAACGGCACAUAUGUGCUCUCCCUUUCCGACAAUGCCAACGAUACAGAAGAUGCUGCCACGGCACCAAGCAUUAGUGCUCAAGUGCUAUCCUCGACUACCAAAGAACUCCUCGGCCGACAAUGCCCAACCGAAUAGCUCAGAGCUCGCCUACCUCCUCUACUAUAGUUCAACGCGACAGGAGAAGCUUCACAAAGUCGGCGCGUUUCUCGAACGCAAGACUCAAAACGACGUUGCGAAAUGGCAGAGUGCCCGCGUCCACGUUACGUUACAAAUUCUCACGGCCAUGCUGGAGCACGCUGAGAUACACCGGCCGCACGGCUUCGCGAUCAUUGCACCUUCAAUCCUCCGUAUCAUUCGGCAGAUCAUCAACAGCACCAACGACAUCAGCCUGAUCGAAGCGACCAUCGCAACCUGGGACGCCUUCUGUCGGUGGCAGGACUGCCUCGCAUUGGCAGCAGACUCGGAAUAUCGAACAUUAUUCGAAGAGGUGGUGCGACAAUACGGCGACCUGGCCCAAAAUAAGCCGAAGAAACUGGCCAAAUCCACACAAUCAAUCCCCGAACACGAUGCCCUGCGCAUGCGUAACGCAGGAGUCACCGCGUUCAAAAGCCUUUUCGUUCCAGGAAACGUGGAACGCGGCUGGAACAUCCAAUUCAAUCAGUCUUUUACUUCGGUCAUCAGCAACUUCCAGAAUACCCAGCGCAAAGCCUAUAUCGCACAUCUGGACGAAUUGAACAAGCAAGCCGAGGAGGAGAAAGAAUCAUCCAGGGCGAUGAACGGGAGGCAAAGCAUAGCGACAGUCCGGACGUACUCACAAGGACCGAACUCCGAAGGCGAUGUCGACCCACGGGCUGCUGAAGGAACCGCCCAGGAUGCCGAUAAACUUGAGGAGGAGGAAGUUGGAUUAUUAGCAUUGAACUGCGUAAAGGCCGUCUUCCAAUCCGACAACUUUGUUCAAGUCCGUGGAGGCGCGACUGCAUUCACAAGAACGGUAGCAGAAGAAGUGCGCCGCGAUCCCUCAUUUGCCGUGGAAGCAGAGCUUCUUUUCCGGCUCAUCACGACUUGGACGCCCGUCCACCACAGGUUCAAUGUUCUGGUGACUGCUGUGGACCAUCUAUGCAGACUGCCAAUCGAGACCAGCGAUGCCAGCAUGGAGAAAGGCAGCAAUUUGGACGUACAUGAUGCUUUCAUAACCAUGAUACAUGGUGUUCUAAGCGAAAACCUCAACUUUAUCGGCCUUUCGGUUAUGGACGUCCUCCUCCGCCUUCUAGAUCACAUCAUACGUCUUGCGACGACGGGAAGCCGUGCCAACAUCACGAGCGUCAGGACAUCGGAGAGCAUGAUCGAACAGCUGAAAGACUGCAUCGCAUUACUCGCCGUGCAUGUAUACUACGCUGACCAAGUCAGAGACAUGAUCGCAGCAAUUCUCCUUCGAGUCAAGGCGUACGCAGCGAUCAACCGCACUUUCUCCCUCCGACAAUCUGCGAGACAGCCACCAACACCGCCCAACGCAACCACCACCAACUCGAUGAAGAACGGCCUUUCGGCCGGCCGUUCCUCGCCCACUCGCUCCGCCCGCGGAAGCACUAUUUCCUCGCAAUCCUCUUCCGACGAAGCCAGAACCGUCGCCUUUGAAAUGAUCACCAUGAUCCUCGAAUACGCCAACACCCGUGUCAAUCCUUCAGGAGCAGCAUCCUCAACGAACAAGAUCAACAAAACCCGCCAUCUCGUCCCCGUCGGCACCUGGGAAGGAACCCAAUGGCUCCUCCGCGAACCCUCCGAAGACGUCCGCCAAUCCUACAAAGUCGCCCUCCAAACCUGGGCGAAAUACGAACUCGACUCCUCCUCCGACCCAGAAGUAUCGCUCGAUUUCGACGCGGAAGACUGCAUCGGGAAACUCGUCGAGAAAGCCCGCCCUGCCGCGGCUUCCAUCCGCGGGUCCAUCGGACACCACAGCCACGUCAGUCAUCCGCAAUUGCUCAUGUUGCCGUAUACUACCGUCGGCGGGGAUCGGAGACUGAGCAACGGCACGGGCACGGGGAAUAAUUCGAUUGGGACGGGAACGGAUGUGGAGGGGGAGAGGACGAAGCCGCGGGUGACUGCAAAGGAUUUGAACGAUAUUAUGGAGGGGAAGAAGAGGGUUCCAUUGAGGGUGAGGAUGGUUGAGGGGGGCGAGAAUGGGAUCGGUGCGGUGGAGGGCGAAGGGGUGGAUAUGGAGCAGGUGUUGGCGACGUUGAAGGUGGCGAGUGAGAGGCCGAAGAGAGAGCCGUUGAUGAGUGCGCCGCCUUAUUGA